AUGAAUGACGAUCAGUGGUUUAUCAAGGUUAGUUCAAAACAGAAGCUAAGUUUAAAAGCGGAAAUACGUACAUAAUCCGUGUUUAGGACUGGGGAAACACUUUUGAUGCUCUCGGAAAUGUGCAGGAACAUCACAUGAUUAACCCGGACCUGGGCGUUCUCAAAAACAUCUUCUCGACGUUGGUAAAGUUCCGCAUAAUCGUAUAUGGAGUUAUGUCUGACCGUGAGUUUGGUUUGAGGAUCCGAUAAAUCAGUCUCAACGUUUGUUUGUUGCAGGUUCUCGCACUCUCAUCGACGAUGCCAUUGGAGUUCUGCUGAUUCUUACCUUCAACGCUCCUCCGCUUCACUUCGCGCCCAACUUCAACUUCCUGGUCCUUCCCCCGUCCAUCCCCGUCCUCCAUCCGUCGGCUUCCGGAUCGCGAAACCCUCCAGCCAAUAGACCAACGAAUAAGUAG